AUGCACCGAUCCAGUGUUCCGUGCGUCGGGUGCCAGCGGCUCUUCUUUCCCGCGUCGCUACCGAUCCACCAAAAGACGUGUUUUGCCAAGAACGCGUUCGUGUCGCUUCCGUGCCCGACGUGUCAUGCGACGCUGCGCACCGGCAACUACUUUAACCACGUCAAGAACUGCACGGCCGAGCCCGCGAGAGUGCUGCAAGCAAGCACUUCGCCGACAUCGACGGCAGAGCCCGGUCCCAUUGGACCUCUCGAGGCCGACGGGCGUAUCCAAUGCCGAAAGUGCCAUCGCGGGUUCGCCCCCGACCGUAUCGCCAAGCAUCAGUCCGUGUGCCACGAGGCCGAGCGCAUCAAGUACGUGCGCGACGACGGCAACCAGGCGCAGCACACAACGACGACGACGUCGCGCCAGCCUCGCCCGAUCAAGCGCUCCCUCCCCGCUUCGCUCCAUACAAAUGUGCCGCUGCCGCGGUCAGCGCCACAGGUCGGCGCUUCGAUGCCGGCGCUGCGCGCUUGUCGGAAAGCACCGUACGACCUCGUACUGCGAGACGCGAGCAACCAAACGGGGUACACAGGUGCGAAAUACGGAGGCAUUGACAUUAGCAACCAAACGUCUGCGGGCAACCCGCUUAGUCGGCGGCUCGUGUGAUAAUGAUCAACGUUUCGAUACUG